AAGUCCCUCAAGGGGUGCACAAAUUCAGUGAGUAUAUAGACAAAUAACAGUCCAAGAAUCCCAAUUAACAUUAUAGGUACAAUUAAACCAAUACCGCGAGUCUACCAACCAAAGAAAACGUAAAGAGUAGUGCAGCACCAUAAGCGAUCACCUCCUACCAUCAAAACAAUACCCGGACAAUUGGUUCAAUCUCAACUACUGGUGGACGUCUUGCCAUCUGAUUCACCUAGCUUGGAACCACCGGACAACGUGACGCAAUUUCAUCCUCUUCAUUGGGUCUUGAUACUACUUACUGUUAGUCAUUCCUCUUCUACAGCCACGAUUUAUACAACUGGAGUCACAAAGAUGGAUAAGGAUCUACAUCUACAAAUAUGAAACAAGCUAUUAUCAAUUAUAUUCAGUGCCCUUUUAAGUGUAGAAAAUAUAUAACAGGAAAGGCAUCUGAUUAUUUUAGAAGUUUUUGUUCACUGCAAAAUUUUGGCAAUGCCAAUGAGAAAACAAAACCUAAACUUGAUUAUAAAUAUUUAUGUAACCCUGAAAAUGCAUAUAAUAUAGACAAAUUGAUUAAGAAAAGAAAAAAUGUUGGAAAUAUAUGGAAAUUACUUGAAAUCAACAAAAAGUUAAAUGGCCUCAGUUCCUCUUCACAAGAAUAUGAAGCAUUACAAACAGAGUUGGAAAGAGAAGCUUUAAAUAUUCCUAACAAUGCAAGUCCUCAUCUUUGGGAAUAUGGAGAAGAGCCAAAGAUUUUAGAAUUUGUUAAUCCUAAACCAAAGUUCAACUUUGAACCUCUUGAAUUUAGUGAACUUGGCCAGAAAUUGGAUAUUAUUCGAACAGAAAAUCUAGGAAAUCUAAUGGCCUCUCGAAGUUACUACCUUAAAGGACCAUUAUCUGUUCUUGAACAAGCAUUAAUAAGAUACACUGUCUCAUAUUUACUAAGAAAAGGAUUUACUCUUAUGUCUGUACCUGAUCUACUUUAUUCUGACAUAAUUGAUAGCUGUGGCAUGAACACAAAAGGAGAAAUGUCUCAGGUGUAUCAUAUAAUUAAUCCUAAUGAGGGUGUCUGUUUGUCCGGGACAGCUGAAAUGUCUCUUGGUGGUUACUUAAGAAAUAAAACCUUUACACUGCAAGAGCUUCCCAUGAAACUGGCUGCUGUGUCACGAUGUUACAGAGCAGAAGCUGCUUCAUCUCUAGAGAAAAAAGGGAUCUACAGGGUACACGAGUUCACGAAGGUGGAAAUGUUUGGAGUUACAGCAGUAGAAGCCGGAGAAGAAAGCCAUCAACUGUACACAGAAAUGACUCGAAUACAAAAAAAACUUUUUUCUCAGCUAGGAUUUCAUUUUCAAAUACUAGAUAUGCCUCUUAAUGAUCUUGGUGCACCAGCCUAUACAAAAACAGACAUGGAAGCCUGGAUGCCAGGAAGAGGCAUGUAUGGUGAAAUUUCUUCUGCCUCUAACUGUACCGACUAUCAAGCGCGUAGGUUAAAUAUUACCUACAGGAACAACGAAGGCAUUCAGAGGUUAGCACAUACUGUGAACGGUACAGCUUGUGCAAUACCUCGGACAAUCAUUGCUGUGUGUGAGACUUUUCAGUCUCAUGAUGGAACCAUCACUAUACCAGCAGUACUGCAGCCGUACAUGUCAGGAAUAGUGAAGAUAAAUCCACCCUCUUCUCCCUCUAGGAUAAGUUCCUUCAAGCAAAAAACCUAUCCUGGUAAAAUAAAACAAUAAACAAUUGACCUGCACUGUGUAUAUAGUUAUAUUUGUGAUGUGUACUUGAACUACUGUCUCAACUUCUCAUGUGAGAACUGAUGUAUGGAAAGUAAAGAGUUUAUCAUAA